AUGAAGUUCACACUGACCGCCCUUGUUACCAUCAUCAGCGCUGUGUCUGCCAUUAGUGUCGAUGCCGGUCUGGUGAAGAGGCAGUGCAUCGCCAGCGGAGGACUCUGCUUCACCAGUAUCGCUGAUACCACAAAGCCAUGCUGCGGUGGCCUCAUCUGCAAGAAUAAGCCCCAACCCAACACCAACAUCUGCGAGCCUGAAGAGAGUCCCAAGGUCGUCGUCCCGAAAAGAGAGGUAGUUGAGAGGUCCGACGUCCCCCCCGCGCCGCAGGCCCAGGCCAUGCCUCGAGCCAUGCCUGGGAUGGCCCGCGACGAACCACUUUGGGGAUGA